CAGUGUUUCAACUUACUGUGAUGUCUGACCAUCAACGUUUGUCAGAUUUUCAACAUUUAACGGAACGAGUUUUCACGGAGUAUUUCACUUUUUCGAUAGAGGAACAUUUGAGACUCAUCUUCCUUCAGAAAACUUGGCCAUUUCGUGCCAUUUCCGUUGGCAAACAUGUAAAAAGUCGUAGUGCUCGGGCCCAUCUGUUUUGUGAGUGAGGGCUGUUCGAGCUAGUUUUUCUCUUCCUUUUUACGUUCGUUACCCCCUUCAAAACACAAUUUUGACUUGAGAAAGAGUGUACUCUUUAAUUUGAUAAAGUAAUUAGCCGCAUUUUGCAGAUUUUGUUGCGUUAAUACCCGUCGUAUCCAGUUCUGGUGACUGAAACUGAAGGACCAUGGUGGACAGGGAGAGUGCACGUUCUCUUGCCCAGAAGAAGCGGCGUCUGGAGAUGCCGGGGGCACCACCUCGCAAUACAUUCAUGGGACCAACAUUCUCUGAACCAGUCAAGACUAAAGAAGUGGAUAAUGAUCUGCAGAACAUUUUGGGCAAUUUUAGUAGAAUUAAGAAUGAGGUGAUGGACUCGAGUUCUAUGCCUCACCUUCUGGGCAUUCCUAAAGAACCACAGACACCUGUUGACAACAAGACACGUCCUCUCUUUGAUUCCACUGAGAUAACCUUCACUCCCAAUGGACAGGUUAAGACCUCUAAACCAGCAGGUCAGUCCAACAUUAGUGUCUCCUCACAGAAAGAGCAGUCUUCUGGGUCAUCAUCAUCUUCUAAGAAGGGUUCCCCUUUUCUGAAGAAUGGACAGAAGAAUAAAGAGACUUCCAAGCAGGCCCCCAAAACCAAACCUGGAGGGUCUUCUGUUUCACCUCAAGUUGCUCCCACUAAAACCUCAUCACCUUCAGUAAUAUCUAAAACAAAAAAGAGUAAAGAUAAGGAUGUAAAAGUGAACUUAAAGAAAGAAAAAGAUGUUGAAAAGGCUAAGGGUACAGAUGGGUCCAGUAGCAGCAGUAGUAAGGGCAAACAAUGCUAUAGUGCUUCAAGUGACACCAAGUCUAAAUCACCAACCAAAAAAAGCACAACUCCUGUAAAAGCUAAAUCAUCCUCGGCCAAUACAAAAUCUGUCUCUAAAGUUCGCACCAAGAAAGAGUUCAAAACGCCAAACGGCAUGAUCAAAAGCCACCUGCAGACAUCUUCAGCAUCAAUAAGCCAAGACAUAGCGGUUUCAAGAGAAACAUCAUCAGCUGCUGCAGAACCGCAGUCUAAUGCUCCACAGGAAAACAAAUCCACAGACUUGUCCAAGGUUGGUGAUGAUCAGGAAGAGACGGAUGCAGCUAAGGUAACCAGAAAGCUAUUUGACCAGAAAGGAACCAGUAAGCUAUUUGAUGUUCCUCCCGAUAGUACAUCAGAGGGGAAGCCAGAUAUUAAGAAGGACAAGCUGAGCGUUCCAAAGCUCCAGAUCCCAUCACUAUGGGGCCCGCCCUAUGACCCAAGCAACCAAGAUGUGGAAAAGAUUUUGAAUAGAAUGACUGAAAUCAAGUCACCAUUGACAGCGAUUCAGAAUACUCCAAUCAAACUAAAAAACUGUGAGUUUCCCUUCUCAACAAGCACACUGGAUGUCAAGACUACAGAGAGUAAGAAUUCACUUCUUGUACCUGGGAUAGUACCUCCUUGUCUCGACAGACCAAAGCAGGAACCAGACCCUUCGCCUCCUGGGAGUCCAACUAUAGAGAAAGGACCCAAUGACAAGAAACCCACUGUCAAAUCAGAAUUGGCUAACGACUUGCUGUUGUCUGAAGACGAGAGUGACUGUGAAGAGCCGCAUACAGUCAAGGAAGAAUUAGCCGAGGAGACCAGCCAAAGGCAUUCCGAUAAGAUGGAUGCCGGCAGGUUGUCAGACUCAUCGAGUGGUAGCUCCUCUGGUGAGUCUGAUGAUGAUAGUAGCUCUGGUAAUGAAUCCGAUAGUGAGAGUGAUGCCAGCUCAGUUGAAAAUGAGUUAUCUCUUCGGGAGAAGUCAUCUUACAAUCUUCACAACCUCAUCCAUCAUCGAGGUAUCAUUGAAGGACAGAAAUCACCAGGAGCUCUUAAUCCUUCCAAGCAACCACCAUUGGCUGCUUGUAAUCCCCCUGCUGCUACUACCAGUACUGCAACUACACCCACUCCUGCAGUUAGGGAACCACAACCUUUCCCUAAUACCAACCAACAUAGACCCAAUGUGCAAGGAGGAAGAAGGGGUGAAGGCAAAUUUGUUAUUGGUGUCAAGGAUUUGACCACUGUCAACCCACAUGAGGAUUAUGAUGGGGGAAGUUUCAGCAAGUACAAUGAUAAUAAUAUGACAGAUUUCAACAAGUUAAGUAACAUGUCAAAUGAGAGGAGGACACCUUUGCCCAAAUCCCCUGUCAGAACUAGUGGCAGUGGUAGUAAACCAGUUGUCAAGCGUUGUCCGAAGAAGCCCUUAGAAAAAGCACCUUCAGUUGGGAAAUCGAAAGUGAAUUCUCAAGGAAGGAACGAUACAACAUCAAAGGAAUCUAAGACGGAUGUAAAAGGGUCUAAGCAGUCUAAACAAUCGAGUAUAAGCAGUGCAGAGCACAAAACUGGAGUGAAAACAAAGUGUAAUAAGACAAAUGCAAAGGUAGAGAAAAAGACCCCUCCUAGGUCAAGAACUCCGGAGAAAAAGUCUGCUAAAAAGCCACUGACGAGUGAAUUUGUGAGUGACACUGACAGUAGUGAUUCGGAUUCUGAAGUGAUUGAAAGAACGUUAUCACCAAAGAAGGUGAAUGGAGCAAGUAAAACCCACUCUGUGUUCACACCGCCUCACAAAUCAACUACGAGUACUGAAAUCAGGUGCAAAACAUCCAGUAAGGGCAAUAGAACUAAGGAGAAAGGCAAAUCCAACUCAGUCAAAUUAGAGAAAGAGACAACUAUGGCACCCCUGGAGAAGGUAUUCAUGUCUAUGAUUGGUCCACAUGGUAGUGGACCUCUCAGUGAACCGUUAUUAUCACCAAUAAAAAGUGAGGAAACAGAUAAGAUAUUCUUGACUCCACACAUGAAUACAUCAGAGGUAACUUAUAAAGAUGGUACCCCAUCACUUGUGGUUAAACUCAAUCGCUCUCUUUUAAACCGGGUGCCUGAGCCACCAUUAAGAGAUCCAUGUAGAACAGAAAGAACUCCUGAACACAUUGAUAGUGUCUUACAGAGUACGUUUAAGAAUGAAGAGAUUGACAUGGAAGAGGAGAGGCCGCCUCCGUUAGUAAAAGUCAAAGCCAAAAGGAAGCAGGAGGAUUUAGAAGAGGAAGAGAACCUUGUCAAAGAGUCGAUGAGCAAAAAGCCAAAGAGUGAUAUGAAGUCUUCAAAGAACAUUGUAACUGAAGAGUCUGAACACAUUGAGUAUCUUCUCAGAUUGCCUGAUAGUGACACUGUACUUGAUAGAAGGCGGCCUCCUGAGCGUCGGAGCAGCACUAACAGCGUAUCCAGCUUACUCUCAUCACAGAGUAGUAGCAGUCGUAGGAGUGAUCGGGAAUCACAACCAAGCAAACGCCGUAAAAAGACCACCAAUGAUUCCUUAGACUCAAGCUGCAGUAGCAGCAGUAGUAGCAGCAGUGGUGGUGCAACAACAACCUUUCAAAAUGUACCUUCAAACCCAGCUAUGUCUAGCAUUAAGGGACAUGAGUGGGGUUCACCUCCUCCCCAAGGAGAAGAACGGACAGAUAGAUCACAGGACUCUCGCAGUGUAUCUAAUGAUGUAACAUGUACAAGGAAUGGUCAUACGUCAGCUGGUGAGGAAUGGGGUGAUGGGGCGGGAGGUGACUAUACACGGACCAUGCCUCAUGCUGUAAGGAAGAAUCAGAUGGACAAACCAAGGAUAGACUUUGAAGAGAGACAACAAUUUAGUGCUGAUAGCUACCUUACUGAAGGGAAGAAACUGAAACGUCAGGCUGAUUUCCAGACUGACAAGAAUGUGAAAUCUUUGAUGUACUUUGAUGCUGUUCUGUCGUUCAUUCUUUGUGGUAAUGCAAUGGAGAAUGACCCAGUUGUUCCUGAUGAGAAAGCAAGCACCAUGUAUUCAGAAACCUGUGAUAUUAUCAAAUUCAUCUUAAAAUUUAAAGGUAGUCAUUUAAACCAAGAUGCAUUGAGUAUGGACAAGAAACUAGCAGUAUUAUGCCACCGGUGCCAGGGUCUUCUCUACAUGAAGAUGUUCAAGAUGAAGAAGUCAACUGGGAUGAAACUUGCCAGAGUGCUUGGGGAGCACUUCAAACAUUCUUCCAAAUCACAGCAGGCCGCCCAAACUCCCUCACCAUGGAGUGCAUCAAGGUACACUGGAACCCCCUCCCCAAUGUCACCUACACCGUCCCCUGCUGGAAGCGUUGGUUCUGUUGGUAGCCUGGGAUCACAAGGAAGUAACAACUGUGAUGCUAGCGGUAACACCUUGCUGCCAUCCUCCUUGCCACAAGUACAAGGGAACAAGCUAACUAAUGGUGUACCUCACAUUAUGUCAUCUCCUGCCAAUGUCUCCGUCCCUCAAAGUAUUGUCAACAAGAUGUCCACCUUUAUUCAGACGUCCAAUUAUGGGUACUAUGGGCUUGACUUCUGGGAACAGGCAGAUACCUUGGCUCAAGAAAAUAUAGAGUUUUUCCAGGAGUUAGAUCGUGAAUUGGACAACUUUGGCCAUCUGACCCUUCACAGCAGUACCCUUGACCUUGUGCGCUACGCAAGACUAGGCUUGAGGAAACUUAAGAAUUCAUGACUAGCCGCUGUCCACUGAUGUGAUAUCCAUUCCUUUACUGCCUUCCUAUCUGCCUGCCUAGUAUCCUGCCUGGGUGUACGCUGAUACUUCAUUCAACAUCUUGUCUUGUGUAGAAAGAUGUUCAUUCCAGUCAAGUGAGCAACACCAUCAGUACGUACAGGUAUUUCUUAAAGACACUAAUCAGGGUUCUUAGCUCUUAGUAUAUGAGUUAUAAGAGCACUGUAACAUUAUUAAAGCCUUAUGUAGGUUCUAAUCUGUUGUGGUUUGUGUAGUAUCUUAUCUUAAAAAUCAUUCUAAACUCAGACUCACGUCAUGGACAUUAAAGCCUUUGGUAACAUGUCAAUUAAACCACAAGAGGUAAACACCACUUACACAAGGUUAUUCCUUCCAGCUUACUCCUGCUAAAAUGCAUACAGUUAGAUCAAACAGCAGUAGUAGUUCAUAUCACUGGUAGCUCAACAAAAAGAUGACUACCAAUCACUUAAAUGCAGUAGUUAAGUCUUUAUCCAUCUAAAAGACCUUUCAAGUAAAUGCUAGUACUAGGUACUUGAUGUCAUAAACUCUUAACUCACCUGCCUGUGUUAGUUUUGAAGGAAAUACAACACUUACUGGGGAAAUAUAUCUACGAUAAUCUUCACACAUAGAUAUUGUUUCCCCAAGUGAAAACACAAUUUUUUUGACAGUCUUUUUUUUAUGUGGUUGUUUUAUAAGAGAAAUGAUGGCUAAUUUAUUUUUUAUCAUAAACUGAUUUAUAAACUGAUGCCAAGUAGGAUAUGUUGCCAAAGUCGAUAUGUAGGUCAGUUGUACAGGGAAUGUAAACCUUUGGUAAUUAACAAAUGAUUGUUUCAAACUUCAUUUGUAUCAACCAUCAAACAUUGUCAUCAACAAGAGAUUUGCAUCUUCAAGAAAUCAGUGAAUCUCAAGAUCCAAACAGUAGUUAUCUUUCCAUGGUAAGCUGUUAUGAUGAAACGAUUCCAUACUAGAUUGAUGAUGGUUGUGGAUAAUACAGGAUUCCAAAUACAAAAGUUGUAUAUUCCCUUGAUCUAAAUCAGAUGGAUUCUUGUGUGCUAUAAAGUGUGUCUUGUACGUAUGUUGUUGAUAUUUUCUUAUUUAACAUCUCUAAGUGCACUGUAAAAUUUUCAAUCGUAUCGUGCUAUAAUUCCUAGCAUUGAUGAUGAAUAUAAAUAAGCAUACUUUAUAAUAUACAGAGAGUUGUCAUGUAUAUCAAGUGUAAUAUAAUUAUUGAAUAUUUUGCUAAGAUGAUCAUAAUAUAUUCAACUCUGGCCAUUGCUAAAUAGUUUCAAAAUAUUCUUAUUAACUAGUUCACAACCUAGGUGAGAAAUGAAUGUUUUACUGCAACCAUAGAGAAAGCCUUUUUUCUAUGCUAAAACAUCUCCCUGUAGUCAAACUUCUGGUUUUUCACAAAUGAAAAAUUUGCUUUGAUAAUUCUAAAUAAACUCCAGGAUCUUGUUUGAAUAUUUCAUCAUGUACUGUAAAGGGUGGGCACAAAUGUCACAUCAUCAGUGUUAAACAUUCACAAGUCUUUGAGCACGCUCUUUAAAUAACUAUAUCGCUUUGAUAACUGACCCUCAUCCAAAAUACAUGGAAUGAUGUGAUGAUAAUGAUGGCAGUCAGCUGACUUCUGUAUAUGUAUUCGUUGAAGCAGCUGUAAAUUAUUAUUAUUAUUAUUAUUAUUAUUAUUAUUAUUAUUUUUAUAAAAUUAGAUAAGAGGAAAAACAUAUGUGAGAGCAACAACAAUUUUUAAUAAUUAAUAAACUGACAGGUAGUAUGAUGUCUUUAUCAUGUAUUCAUUUCCAGAAAAUAUUUUCCCAGCAAAACUCAACUGUUAAUGGCGUUUAGACAAUCAAUCUUUUGAGAUCUUUGAGUAGAAUCGUGAAGUUCAGCAAUUUGUUUUGUUUGUUCAAUGAAUUAACAGUUGCAAAUGUUGUAUUACUAAGGGAAUCAAUGUGUGGUGAAGAGGUUUUCAACUAGUGGUUUAAUUGCAACGAGG